UGAGCCGGCCUGUCGCCUUCUCUCCCCUCGCCUGUCCCUCUUUCACCUUCUCUUCCGGCCAUCACACCCGUCUCUGGCUCUCUCUUCCGGCCUCCAUUGUUGAAGGCUCAAGCUCUGUGGGGAAGGGAGCUCGGCUAAAAAUGGGGACGCAAGCGCCGCAGAACUACCCUCCUGCCAAGGAUGGAAGGACCGCUAAGGAGAAGGCGAUCGACGACUGGCUUCCGAUCACCUCGUCGAGGAACGCCAAGUGGUGGUACUCCGCCUUCCACAAUGUCACCGCCAUGGUCGGUGCCGGCGUGCUCAGCCUUCCCUACGCCAUGUCUGAGCUCGGAUGGGGUCCUGGCAUCGCCGUGCUGAUCUUGUCAUGGAUCAUCACGCUGUACACGCUGUGGCAGAUGGUGGAGAUGCACGAGAUGGUGCCGGGAAAGCGGUUCGACCGGUACCACGAGCUCGGGCAGCACGCGUUCGGCGAGAAGCUGGGGCUGUGGAUCGUCGUGCCGCAGCAGCUGGUGGUGGAGGUCGGCGUGAACAUCGUGUACAUGGUCACCGGCGGCAAGUCCCUGAAGAAGUUCCACGACGUGAUCUGCGACGGCAAGUGCAAAGACAUCAAGACCACCUACUUCAUCAUGAUCUUCGCCUCCGUCCACUUCGUCCUCUCCCAGCUCCCCAACUUCAACUCCAUCUCCGGCGUCUCCCUCGCCGCCGCCGUCAUGUCGCUCAGCUACUCGACGAUCGCUUGGGGCGCAUCGGUGGAGAAGGGGAGGGUGGAGAACGUGGACUACCACCUGCGUGCGACGACAACGCCGGGGAAGGUGCUGAACUUCUUCAGCGCACUGGGCGAUGUCGCGUUCGCUUACGCGGGGCACAAUGUGGUGCUGGAGAUCCAGGCCACCAUCCCGUCAACGCCGGAGAAGCCAUCCAAGAAGCCCAUGUGGAAGGGUGUCAUCGUCGCCUACAUCGUCGUUGCUAUUUGCUACUUCCCCGUCGCGCUCAUCGGAUACUGGGCCUUCGGUAACAAUGUCGAUGACAACAUCCUCAUCACCCUCUCCAAGCCCAAGUGGCUCAUCGCCCUCGCCAACAUGAUGGUCGUCAUCCAUGUCAUUGGCAGCUACCAGAUUUAUGCGAUGCCGGUGUUCGACAUGAUAGAGACGGUGCUGGUGAAGAAGCUGCGCUUCCCACCCGGCCUCACGCUUCGUUUGAUUGCCCGGAGUGUCUAUGUUGCAUUCACAAUGUUCAUAGCCAUCACCUUCCCCUUCUUCGGUGGAUUGCUCGGCUUCUUCGGUGGAUUCGCCUUUGCGCCAACAACUUAUUUCCUUCCCUGCAUCAUGUGGCUGGCAAUCUACAAGCCCAAAAGGUUCAGCCUCUCAUGGUUCACCAACUGGAUCUGCAUUAUUCUUGGAGUGCUGCUGAUGAUACUGUCGCCGAUUGGAGGACUUCGGCAGAUCAUCGUACAAGCUAAGACAUACCAAUUCUACUCGUAAACUACUGCCAGUCAUCUUUCGCCUCGCGAACAUGCAACAAAUCAACCAGAGCGUCUACCGCGAGUUUUUUUGCCGUGCAAAAUGGAAAAGGGGAAGUUCCAAGUACCAAAACUUGUUCCAGAUGACGAUGGUCCGAGACAUGUCGUGAAUAUGUUAAUUAUUGAUUAGUCCGGAGGGUUUGUGUUGGUUAAUCAUAUACAGAUAUUAUAUGUAUUGUUUGUCUGAAUGCUGGUGGUUUCUAUUGCUUAGACUGUCCAAAUAAGUUAAAGAGGUAACACGUGUUUUGGUUUUGUGAAA